UCUUUCCCCCAUAAGAUGAACAAAGCCAACAGACUGUACAGUAACACUCACAUAAGAAACACCGUGUACACCGUGAUUGGCGUUGGGGUCAUGGCCAAUGCCCUUCUUCUUCUGGUCCACGUCUCCUUGCUCAUUACUGGACACAGACCUAAGCUCACUGACCUGCCCAUUGGUCUCCUGGCCCUGAUCCACCUGGUAAUGCUGCUCAUCAAGGGCUUCAUAGCUGCGGACAUUUUUACACCUCAGGGAGGCAGGUGGGAUGACCUGACGUGUAAAUGGCUCGUCUACCUGUACAGGUUGAUGAGGGGCUUCUCCAUCUGCGCCACCUGCCUGCUGAGUGUCCUCCAAGCCAUCACCCUCAGCCCCAGGGGCUCCUGCUUGGCAAGGUUCAAACAUAAACCCUCACGUCACAACCUGUGUUUCCUUCUCUUCCUGUGGGUCAUCUACUCAUCCUUCAGUAGCCACCUCUUCAUCUCCAUUGCUGCUACCCACAAUUGGACCUCAGACAACUUUAUGUACAUCACAGAAUCCUGCUCCUUCAUUCCCAUGACCUUCUUCCUCCAGCACAGCUUGUCCACCCUGCUGACCUUCAGGGAAGUCUCCUUUAUAGGAAUCAUGGCUGUCUCCAAUGGAUACAUGGUGGCUCUCCUGUGCAGGCACAAGAGGCAGUCCCAGCAUCUCCACAGCACCAGCCCGUCUCCAGUGUUAUCCCCAGAACUGAGGGCCACCCAGACAAUCCUGCUGCUCUUGAGUUGCUUCGUGGUCAUGUCCAUCUUGGACAGCGUUGUCUCCUAUCAUGUACCUUUCACCCGGGAAAGGAGUUACUGCGAUGCUGAAUGUCUUUGGAACGCAGAGCAGCACAAAGUGGUGCCUAACAGCAUCCGCAUGGAGAACACCUCUCCUGGGAGAGGCUGA